CCGGGACCAGCCCUACCCCGAACCCCACCGACUCAGGAGGCCGUGCGUAUGCCCAGCUCCAAAGGAGUCGCAGGACGACACGAUGCCCGCCAUCACCUUACCGCCGAAGGAGAACGCUCUCUUCAAGAGGAUCCUGAGAUGUUACGAACACAAGCAAUACAGAAAUGGACUGAAGUUCUGCAAACAGAUCCUAUCCAACCCCAAGUUUUCGGAACAUGGAGAGACCCUGGCGAUGAAAGGGCUCACCAUGAACUGUCUAGGCAAGAAGGAGGACGCCUAUGACCUUGUGAGGAGAGGUCUACGCAAUGACCUCAAAAGCCAUGUCUGUUGGCACGUGUACGGGCUGCUGCAGCGCUCGGACAAGAAGUACGACGAGGCCAUAAAGUGCUACCGGAACGCCCUCAAGUGGGACAAAGACAACCUGCAGAUCCUGCGGGACCUCUCGCUGCUGCAGGUCCAGAUGAGAGACCUGGAGGGUUACCGGGAGACCCGUUACCAACUAUUGCAGCUCCGCCCCGCCCAGCGGGCCUCCUGGAUCGGCUACGCCGUCGCCUAUCAUCUGUUGGAGGACUUUGAAAUGGCAGCUAAGAUCGUGGAGGAGUUCCGCAAAACACAACAGACCUCUCUAGACAAGGUGGACUUUGAGUACAGUGAGCUUCUGCUCUACCAGAACCAGGUUCUGCGGGAAGCCUGUCUCUACAAGGAGGCCCUGGAGCAUCUCAACAGCUACGAGAAGCAGAUCUGUGACAAGAUGGCCGUGGAGGAGAUCCGAGGAGAACUGCUGUUGAAACUGGAGCGGGCGGACGAAGCCUCCCAGGUCUACAGGAGGCUCCAGGAGAGGAACCCAGAGAACUGGGCCUACUACCACGGCCUGGAGAACGCCCUGAAGCCAAGAAACGUGGAGGAGCGUCAGAAGCUUUAUGAGGAGACGUGGGUCAAGUUCCCCAAAGGCCUGGUGCCAAGGAGGCUGCCUCUCACCUUCCUCACAGGGGAGAAGUUCAGUGAAUGCCUGGACUACUACCUGAGGAUGAACUUAAGUAAAGGCUGCCCGCCUCUCUUCACCACUCUGAAGUCCCUCUACGCGGACACAGCCAAGGUUGCCAUCAUUGAGGAGUUGGUAGUUGGAUAUGAAACCUGUUUGAAGAACUGUCGGAUGUUUAGUCAACAUGAUGAGGGCAAGGUGGAGCCCCCCACCACACUGCUGUGGGUGCAGUAUUUCCUGGCGCAGCACUUUGACUUCAUCGGGCAGCAGAGCCGUGGCCUGGACUACAUCAACACGGCCAUCGACAGCACGCCCACGCUGAUCGAGCUCUUCCUGGUCAAGGCCAAGAUCUACAAGCACGCAGGGAACAUCAAGGAGGCAGCGCGCUGGAUGGACGAGGCCCAGGCCUUGGACACCGCCGACCGCUUCAUCAACUCCAAGUGCGCCAAGUACAUGUUGAAGGCGGGCCUGGUCAAGGAGGCGGAGGACAUGUGCUCCAAGUUCACCAGGGAGGGCACGUCGGCGGUGGAGAACCUGAACGAGAUGCAGUGCAUGUGGUUCCAGACGGAGUGCGCUCUGGCCUACAAAUCCAUGAACAAGUUUGGAGAGGCGCUCAAGAAGUGCCAUGAGAUCGAGAGGCACUUUGUGGAGAUCACAGACGACCAGUUUGACUUCCACACGUACUGCAUGCGCAAGAUGACGCUGCGCUCCUACGUGGACCUGCUGAAGCUGGAGGACGUGCUGCGGCAGCACCCCUUCUACUACAAGGCGGCCCGCAGCGCCAUCCAGAUCUACCUGGAGCUGCACGACCGGCCGCUGGCCGACGACAGCAAGGAGUGCCAGGCAGACGCAGAGAACGUGACGGACAAGGAGCUGAAGAAGAUGAGGAACAAGCAGCGGCGAGCGCAGAAGAAGGCCCAGCUGGAGGAGGACAAGAAGAACGCCGAGAAGGAGAAGCAGCUCAAGAACCAGAAGAAGAAGAAGGAAGACGACGACGAAGAGGUCGGCGGGCCCAAGGAGGAGCUCAUCCCGGACAAACUGGCCAAGGUGGAGAGUCCUUUGGAGGAGGCGGUGAAGUUCCUGAUCCCUCUGAAGACGCUGGUGCGGCACAAGAUUGAAACUCAUCUCCUGGCAUUUGAGAUCUACUUCAGGAAAGAGAAGUAUCUGCUGAUGCUCCAGUCUGUGAAGAGGGCCGUGGCCAUCGACCCCGUGGACCCCUGGCUCCACCAGUGUUUGGUGCGCUUCUUCAAAGGAGUGAGCGAGAGCAGCGUCCUGGCCGAGCCGGUCCGGACGGUGCUGAAGCGGGAGAUCUCUCGGCUGUUUGGGGACAGCGACCCCAAGAGCUUCAACAAGAAGUACCUGAGCCGACACUCCAGCUCCGUCCCCCAGCGGCUGGCCGCCGCUAAAAUGAUGGUGUACCUAGAGCCGUCCUCGGACACGAUGGCCUGCGAGCUGGCCACCGCCAUGGACGAUUCGCUCAACGGCCGCAGUAUUCAGGUGUGCUCGGCGGUCCUGGAGGCCCUGCGCGGGGGUCAGCUGGGGGGCGAGGGCCACCCCAAGGCGGCGGAGGCGUACCGCGCCGCCUGCCACGCCCUGUUCCCGCACACCCUGGCCUUCAUGGAGGCGGACUACCAGGACAACAGCAGCGCCAACGGAGACCUGUCGGCCGGGGAGCAGGACGACAUGGCCCACGAGAUGUGAGGAGGGACGAGGGGGAGAGAGCGCGGACAGACACACACGCCACACCACGCACACGCACACACACACACACUCACACACACAGACGCCCCCUGCCACAUGUCUGCCGUGCGGCCGGCCAUGCUCCUCGGAUCCCUUCCGCGGUCAGCUCAGCCGUUUGCCCCGCCCCACUGCACUGACGCGAACGGACUGACCGUGCCACAAAGAGACCAGGCCCCAUUUUACUUUUUUUAAGAAAAAAAAAACAAACAACAAAAAAGGGCUCCCCCUUUCCUCUGUGGGGAGUGGAGAGAGGUGUUGGGGUUAGGGGGGGGUGAAGGGUGGAACGGUGUUGGGUUUAGUGCUGACUGACCCGGGUGGACUAUGGGGGGGGGAGAAGAAGAGGACUCUGACUGGAGGUUUCUGUAAAACACAGUUUAGAUCUUUUUCUAGCGCUCCUGUGUUUCACAAAAUGUCCUUGUAGGUACGUCUGCUUCUCACAUUUUUAAAAAAAGGUAAUUUAUAUCUUACAAAACUGACUAAAUGAAUUAAAUAAAAGCAGCAUUUGCGUAACCUUA